GGGCCCGCACGUGGAGGCCGGCGCGGGGGCGCGGGCAGGGCCGGCUGCUGAGACGCGCUGCUGCCCCCCGCGCGGGCGCCGCGGCUUCAAUGGCGCCAUCGCCCAGGACCGGCAGCCGGCAAGAUGCGACCGCCCUGCCCAGCAUGUCCUCAACUUUUUGGGCGUUCAUGAUCCUGGCCGGCCUGCUCGUCGCCUACUGCAGUCAGCUGGCCGCCGGCACCUGUGAGAUUGUGACCCUGGACCGGGACAGCAGCCAGCCCCGGAGGACGAUCGCCCGGCAGACGGCUCGCUGUGCCUGCAGAAAGGGGCAGAUCGCGGGCACCACGAGAGCCCGGCCUGCCUGCGUCGACGCUCGCAUCAUCAAGACGAAGCAGUGGUGUGACAUGCUCCCAUGUCUGGAGGGCGAGGGCUGUGACCUGCUGAUCAACCGGUCCGGCUGGACGUGCACACAGCCCGGCGGCCGGAUAAAGACCACCACGGUCUCCUGACAGACGCCGCCCCCCAGGGGCCCCGGGAGUGGCCUUGGCUCCCUGGCGCGUCCGCACCUCGACCACGGUCUUCCGUCCGUCGUGGACGCCACCUCUUCUCCGCCACCCGCCCACCCUCGUUUCCGUGUAGCCCAUCAAGGACAGCCCGCCUCCCUGGCGUCGUCCUGAGCUGAGCGCGUCUGCUGCUGCGAGGAGUCCGGCCCGGGACACGCACAGGGGCCCCGAGGGCGUCCGUGGGAGCCCAGCCUCAGCCGCCCUCCCGGGCCUUGGCCAGGAGGACGAGGCAGCGGCCGCAGCGGCCCAGCCCGGGAGCGGCCGUCGGCGCCGGGCCCGCGGGAGGACUGGCCCUUGGGCCCCGAAGCGGCCUCGCCUUGUGCCCCAGACUGUCCGAAUCACUUUUAUUUUCGUACCCUUUCAGCAUACUCGAUAGACCAAAGAGCAAAAUCUAUUUUAACUUGGACUCGCCCUCACCGUCAGAGUCCGUGGGUUCGACUGGGGGACACGGGGGCCGAGAUCCGCCGGCGGCCCCGGCAGGGCGCGGAGGGCGACCCUCGGCAGACACGUGCCCCCCACGGACGCUGCGGGGCCUGCUGAGAGGGGCCCAGCGGGGGCGGACCCGCGGCAGCACCCCCAGGCCCGGGCAGCGAUGCCCCCAGGCCGGCCCCGCGGGCGAGCGCCCCUCACCGGGAACGUGGACCGCCGCACGCGGCCGGCCCCGCUGUACUUAGAUGGACUUGACCGACUAAAAUCACUUUCUGUUUUAACCAGUUACACAUGCCUCUCUACAGCUCAUUUCUGAUAGUGGGAUAAUCCAGUAUUCGCCGCGAGCAUGUUGGGUCUCCCGUGACUGCUGUCUGCAACGACGCACCAUUUAGCUCCAGAAAGCAAAUUAAAGAAACCUAAAGUAACACUUGUUUGAAAGAGAUCAUUAAAUGUAUUUUGCAAAGCCUAAAGUUAUAUAUUUAACAGUUUUUAUAUGUUGUAUAUUUGUAGAAAAAAAUCCUAUUUAACAAUUAAUGUGGUCGCCCUGCCCGGCCCACGCGGCGGGCGGGAGCGCCGGCGUCUCUGAAGGGCUGCGGGGCGGGCGCCGAGGGCCGGACUCCGGGGACAGCAGCCGAGGACGCGCCCGACGCCGCGGGGAGGUGGCCGUCAUGCGCGGUCGACCGUGGGCCCAGGCGCUGCUCCCUGUCCAGCCCGGCCGCGGGGAGGCCCAGGGGGCAGGUGUUGGUCACGCCUCUCCCAACAGAUCCUGUGUCCCUCUGCGUGACUCCCUCCCCACGGGCCCAUCCGUGGGCGCUGCCGCGGACCUCCUCUUGGGGCUGAAGCCCACCCGCCCCGCUGCCUCUCGGUCCUCACGGCUGGCGGCUGAGUAGCCGGGGACAGGCCAGGGCACGCGGAGAAUGGCAGGCGCCCCAGCCUCCCACGCCCUCCCCACGGCACAGGGCCGCCGGGCCCGACGUGCGAGGGACACUCCUGCGUCUCCGACCCCGGGCCAUCGUCCGCCGGGGCCCCUCAUUCUCCUGAGUUUGUGCUGAACUAUACUACCUGACAGUCCAAUUAACAGGCGCGCUCUGCUAGUUCUAUGCUACUAAAAAAAAAAAAAAAAAAAAAAAAAAAAGGAAAGAAAAAGUAAAAAAAAAUAAUAAUAUUAAGUAUAUAGAAGCCGUCCCAGCAACCCAUAGACUAAAGAUAGAAGAGAAGACCCAUUUAUUUAAGACCCGUUUCGAUGUCCAUGAGUAUUUAAUUCACCUCUCGGUCACCGCAGGUUCAGAGGGCUGAGCAUCCCCGAGGGAGCGACGUGGCCAGGCGCCGGGGCCGCAGGAGGGUCGCGGCGGCCUCCCCGAACCCGCGUCCUCCCACAGCGAGCGUGGGCUCCUUCAGAGGCAGACACUGGAGGAUUAAGAUGUUACAGCGUUUUUUUUUCCUCCUUGUUUUACAGUAUUCAAUUUUGUGUUGAUUCAGCUAAAUUAUGAAA